AUGUCGCCCACCAUCCUCGCCMUGGUCUUUGCCAUCCAGCUGGCCCUAUCACUCAUCAGUACCGUCGGCGCUCAAGCGAUCAAUGACCUCGCCUGGCGACUUUUCCUCCUGCUCCCCACCGAACACUCGGCCAACUCUGCCAAAACAACCCAACUGCGCAAUGAGGUUUUACGUCUCAAGCGAGAAAUGACUGCAGUCUCCGCUCAAGACAACUUCGCUAAGUGGGCGCGAUUGAGGAGGGAACACGAUAAAGCUAAGGAUAUCUACGACAAGAACGUCUCUCAAACCGGCGGCUUCCGAAGCUCUUUCGAUAGCAUUCUCAACAAACUACGAUGGCUGGGAACACAAGGUGUGAAUUUCCUGGUGAACACGUGGUUUUCGAAACAGGGCAUGUUUUGGCUACCUAGAGGAUGGGUGCCUUAUGCUGGAGAAUGGGUGCUGAGCUUCCCGCGGGCGCCGUUGGGAAGUGUGUCUGUCAACGUAUGGGGAAUGGCGUGCGGGAUGGUGGUUGGGCUGGUGGUGGAGGCUGCGACCGCUGCGUGGACAUUGAAGUCGAGGACGGAGGAGAUUAAGAAGGUGCAGGAGGUGACGGGGGAAAAAGAGAUCAAGUCAGAGAAGAAACAGGCACCGAAAGUGGAGAUUCGGCAAAGAAAAGAGCUUUAA